UACCGAGUAGUAAUUUGGUAUUCAUAAUCUCAGUUUAUUGUUAAUAACUUGUACAUUUCUGUAGUCUAGUGAACAAAGUACCUUUUGUAUAUUGGCUAGUGAAUAAUGAUUUAGAUCGCGGCGUGUUGUGUUGUGGCUUGUGAGAUAAAAUGGUAAAAAAUAAUAUGAUUUUGAAAAUGUUUUUGGAUCUGAUCGCUUUAAUAAUAAUUUCGUUUCCGCUGCUUGCGAUAAAGCUGUGGGCAUCCCCAUACGAGCGUGGCUUCUUCUACGACGACUCGUCUCUCGCCCUACCCUACAAGGAUCAGACGAUAUCUGAAGCGCUGCUGGCAGGACUUGGGUUUGCCCUGAUGGUUGCUACGAUUCUGAUAGUUGAGAUAAUCCGCGGUGUGAAAGGGAAAUCUGUUCGCGACAAGUACCUGUGUGGGUCCGAGAUACCAGGCUGGGUCUGGGAGAGUUACACAGCCAUUGGGGUGUUCACCUUCGGAGCGGCGUGCCAGCAGCUCAUUGUGACUGUCGCCAAGUAUGUCAUCGGAAGACUGAGGCCACACUUUUAUGAUUUGUGCGUGCCAGUUCCUACCUCAAUGGAACAAGUGGAGCGGGAUCUCGGCUACGUCCAGAACUUCACGUGCACGGGGCCACUAGCCAAUCACAACACGAUGUUGGACAUGCGGCUGUCCUUCCCCAGCGCACACUCCGGCUUCGCUAUGUACUGCGCCAUUUUCUUUAUUAUGUAUAUACAAGUAAAUGCUAAGUGGCGUGGGUCGAAGCUGAUGCGACACGUGGCUCAGUUCAUCAUAUUCCUGGCCGCCUGGUACGUCGGUCUCAGCAGGGUCACCGAUCAUAUGCAUCACUGGAGCGACGUGGCUGUCGGCUUCGCGGCCGGCGCUGCCUUCGCCAUAAUCACGUUUGUCUACAUCUACAAACCUAAGAAGUAUCUGGCGCGAGAUUCUUACGAGACGGAGCGAACCUCGCAACCAGAAUUCCUGCCACGACCAGUGUUGAUGAGGACCUAGACUUUGUAAGAAGCAACAGGGUAAGUUCGGACACAGGGUAUGUCCGGAUUACUCAAAUUUCGGUAACUUUUAUAGGUGGCAACAUAGCACGAAACGUCAUUUUGUUCUGCCCUUCGCCAAAGAGUAUGUAAAUACUACGUAAUAAGAGGCGGCCUAAGUAAAAAUUGAAAUUUAAUUUAGUAUGAAACGUGCAGAAUUUGACAUAAGUUUGGAAUAGUAGUAAUUACAGUAUUGCACUGUGGUAUUGCGAUUGGCCACGAAGUUUGAAAGCGAACAGUUGCUUAUAACCUAGUGGAUUACAGCCGUCAUCUGUCAAUCUAUCUACUGCACGUUUCAUACAAUUUUCUUAGAGAAUUUCGCUAGGCUGCCCUUCGUUUUUGUACCCUGUGUCUAUCGAUAUGUUGUGGUUGCUGGUUGUGUGUUGCUUGACACAAAAAUAGCUGAAUUAUCCGGAAUUACCCUGUAUGCGAACAUACCCUGAUGUACUAUAUUUAUUUUAGCUGUAAUGAAUAUCCUGUAAGUUGAACAAUAUAUAAUAUGACUAUUUAAUAAUACGGGUAAUAAAUCAAUGUUUUUAUAACAA